AUGAUACAAGCUCUGUUCACUCGGCGCGUACUUUACGCGGCUGUAUCGCUGGCGCUGACGUGGAUCCUCGCCUUGAAUUAUCGCGAGUCUUUGUUCAAUACAGUCAAGUCACAAUUGACUUCUUCCACAACUUCCGGGAUCCUCAUCAAGGACAAGGUCGCCACUAUCACCGACACUCUUUUCACACCACGCUUGAUUCCCCUCAUUCUUCAUUAUCGCGCCGUUCUUGGCCCUUCAUGGCCUAUUGUGUUCUUUACUUCCCAAGCAACAUUUGACAAACAUUUCUCACCAGAUGCACCAUCCACGUCUGCAGCAUGGCGUCAAGCAAUAGCAGAUGGAUCCAUUGAGACGCGAAUUAUAUCAUCCGAGUUCAACCUCACCUCAAGAAAAGGCGUCAACUCUUACUUUUCGGAUCCUUGGCUGUGGGAACAACUUGCACCAGCCAAACAUGUUCUUGUCUUUCAAGCCGAUGCAAUGCUUUGCGCAAAUGCACGGAAAGCAGUUGAUGAAUAUCUUGAAUGGGAUUUUAUCGGCGCACCUCUCAACGACACACGACAAGUCUUCAACGGUGGUUUAUCUCUUCGCAAUAGACCUAUGAUGCUUGAUAUCAUUAAGAGCAGAGACUGGUGGACAGAUACGAAUACAAAAGAUGCAGAGUAUGAAGGCCAUGGCGAGGAUUACUGGAUGAGUGUGCUGAUGCGCGAGAGAGGAGCUCAUCUCCCAUCCGUCAAAGAGGCGUUGACCUUUUCUAAACAAUUACCCUGGCACUUUAAGCUACCAGGGAACCCGAUCGGGUAUCAUAGAGUGCAUAGACAGCUGAGGAGAGAUAAGAAGGCUAUUCCCAAGAUCCGGGAGUGGUGUCCCGAGAUUGAUCUGGCAGGGACUGGAAAGCUACGAUAG